AUGGCCAAGGUCAUUGUUGCUUUGUUGGCAGCGGGACUGCUGGCAUCGGCAGUACCGGCAGCCAGCGGGCAGGCGGUCAACCCCCGCAAGGGCACCCCGCUGCUGAUCCAGGCCGGCAACACCACAAAGCUGAUCUGGAAGACCAGCCCGCCGCACCCAGACGCGGUGAUGUGCUGCGGCGGGGCGAUCCAGCUCAGCUGGAGCCCCAUGGACUCUGGCGUUGACCACUCCGUUGUGCUCAACAUUGAUGACACCUGCCCCAGCACCCUGAAGAACCAGCAGUACGUCCAGUACAUCUACCAGGCCGCCCCCCGUGGCCUGGUGACCCUGGACUUCAAUCAAAACGGCGAUUACUACAUAAGCGACGCGGUGGCCAACCAUUGCAGCCAGCAAGGGAUGCAGUUCCUACUGGCGGUGCGCGGCUGCCCCUCGGACAACACGAUUUACAGCCCAGUAGUCCCCAUCAACGUCAAUUGCCGCCCGCAGCCCGCCAACUCCCUCGGCCUGCCCGGCGGCGCCGGCGCCGCGGCGCCAUGCGUGCGCCUGCUGCCGCCUGGCCUCCCCUUGCGGCGUCCCCCGUACGUGCGUGUCAUGGCCAGCGACGGCGAUGCUGAGGCGGGCACCGCCCCAAAGCGGCGCGGGCGCCCUCGCAAGUCCAUCGCGGCCGUCACCACCAUUGCGGAUCCCGCUGAUGAAGUUGCCGCGGCGGCCUCGCCUCCCAGCCCCGCGGCCCGGCAGCACGAGGCGCCCUCCGCCGCCCCCAAGCGCGCGGGCCGCAAGGCGACGGCGUCCAAGGCGGCGGCGCCAGCGGAUGCGGGCGCCCAGGAGGGGCCGGGCGGGGAAGCCCAGGAGCAGGCAGAGGCACCGGCGGCGCCCAAGCGGCGCGGCCGCAAGGCCACGGUGGCGGCAGGGGCGGCAGCGCCCGCCGCGGCGGACGAGCCCCUUGCGGCGCCGGAUGCCGCAGCGGAGGCCCCCGCAGCGCCCAAGCGCCGCGGGCGCAAGGCGGGCGCAAAUGGGGGAGCAACUGCAGGCGCGGAGGCGGAGGUUGCGUCGGAUCCGGCGCCGGAGGCGCUGGCAGCAGGCGAGGCGCCGGCGGUGGAGGAAGCUGCAGCGGCAGUGCAGGCGCCGGCGGCCCCCAAGCGCCGCGGGCGCAAGCCUGCGGCGGCGGGCGCCCCUGAGCCCACCGACCUCGGAGAGGCAGCCGCUCAGGCACAGGAGGCCGCCGACGCGCCCGCCACCCCGAAGCGGCGCGGCCGCAAGGCCACCGCCGCCGACGCGACCGUCGCAGCGCCGGAGCAGGAGGCGCCCGCGCAAGCGCCUGGUGCCCCCAAGCGCCGCGGCCGCAAGACCGCCGCCGCGGCCCCCGAGCCCGCGCCGGACGCCGAGCCCGCGCCCGCGCCGGCCGCGUCGGCCUUCGCCAAGUCGCUGCUCUCCAGCCUCGGGCCGCGCGGCGCCGGUGCUGCCGACGCCCCAGAGGCGGCCGGCCCGGCCCCGGGACCGGCGCCUCCACCGGGCUUUUUUGAUGACGGCGGCGACGACGGCGAGGCAGGGGAGGAUGAGGACUUUGACGUAUUGGCGGGGCUGGAGGCCGGGGACUUGGGGGAGGGCUUUGAUCCCGAGGUCGGCGGCUACAUCAGCUCGCGGUGGGGCGGCCGCGGGCGCGGCGGCGGCGGCGGCGGGUUUGACCGCGACUUCGACAUGUUUGACCUGGGUGAGUGGCGCAGCGCCGGCAUGCGUGUCUAG